AUGGCCGUUCCUGCCGCCUCAUCGAUAGUUUCAUACGGAGGAGCAGCCACUUCCAACUUUCUUACAACCCCAAUUUCUCCAUUUCUCGCUGGAUUUUAUAGUUCUAAUUUCGUUUCUGAUCGGAUAAGUUCAUGUGCACCGUAUCGAGUCGACAGAAUCAGAGAAAGACUGGAAAACGAAGAAGAAGAAGAUGAUGAAUAUCCACCUGAUGACCACCGCCGAGGCGCCCUAUUCUGUCGGUCUGGCACUUGGCUUGAACUUCUUCCAAUUGAAAACGAAGAAGAUGGUUCAACAAGAGUCAAAGUGCACGGAACGAAAGAAGAAAACUCGAAAUUCAGUAUAGUCGAGUUCAUAUCAGUGGCGAUGAGUCUUGUUUCGAUACGUGGUGUUGAGACAAAAAACUUCAUUUGUAUGGAUCCAUCGGGGAAAUUAUAUGCGACGCCCACGUCGAACUACUCAACAGAAUGCGUUUUUACGGAGGAAAUGAUGGAGAAUUAUUACAAUUUAUAUGCAUCUUGUGCUUAUGGGAAUCGAGUAAAUCCGUGGUAUAUUGAAUUACGGAAAAGCGGAAAACCGAGAAAAGGACCGAAUUCGAAGAAGAGACGAAAAGCAAGUCAUUUCCUAGUUGUUCAUCAUGAUUUGGAUCGAUUCGGACCCGCAGUUCCCAAUGGAAAUGACGUGACGUCUUUGGUAGUUGCUUCAUUAUUCCAUCAACCACCGAGUCAUCCACUAUUCCGUCAUCGAACUGUUACGAAGCCACCGAAUCCACAUCGUAUUUCAAAUUUACGAGCAAAGGUGGAAGUGGCGGAUCCAGUUGAAAGAGCAAGAUUACUUCAAGCAGAGAAAAAGAAGAGAAGAGAAAAGAAAAAACGAAGGAGAGAAGACCGAUUGAGGAGAGAGGAACGCAUAAGACAAGCGCGUCGACAAGAAAUAAAAGAUCUCCGAGCAGAAGAACUACGUCGUCUGGAAAUCGAAAAACAAGAAAGAGAAAGGAAACAAGCUGCAGCCGCGGCCGCCGCCGCAGCCGCAGCAGCGGCACGUCUUCGGGCUCAAACAAAGACUACAAUGAAUCCAUACCCAGCUUAUCGUCCUCAACAAACUCCACCAUCACAACAGUAUAAUCCACAGAGAACUCAGUAUCCAACGUCUUCCAAUUCUUCUUCUUAUCCACCGCAUUCAUCUGGAUCUCUUCCACCUCCUCGUGCUGCUUAUAAUCCAUAUUAUCAAACACCUCAAGCAACUCCAGGUCCCUUAACAACAACAACAACUCCGUAUCCAUAUUCUGUUCACCAUCAACAACAGCAACAUCACCACCAUCACGGACAUCAUCAACACCAUCAUCAACAUCAUCAGCAGCAACAACAACAACAACAACAACAACAAUUGCAACAACAACAACAAUUACAACAACAACAACAACAACAAUUGCAACAACAACAACAAUUGCAACAACAACAACAACAACAAUUGCAACAACAGCGUGUUGUCUAUUCCUAUCCACAACCAUCUUCUACGAAAUUCCAACAACCCUCAGAAGAUCCACGUCGUCAAUACUAUCCGCAACAACAACUACAACAACGGAUACAACAUCAACAGCCACAACAAGAACAAUACCAAUAUCACCAACAACAACAGCUCCAACCACAGUUGCAACCACAACAACAACAACAACAACAAUUCCAGCAACAACAUCAACAACAGUAUGCAACAGCUCAUACAGUGUCCAACCCGAAUCGUCAAAAUGUUAAUUACCAACGAUACCCACGAUAG